AACAUUCAAUUUCAAUUUCAGACUAAAAUGGAGCUUCCCUUCGAGGUUCUGAACCAGACAGAUUUAGAUACUGAGAGAACUAAAUUAAACAAAAAUAUUCAGGCUCUAAACGCAAAAUCUGACGAUAAUGAAGUUCUCAAGAAUAUAAUGGUCGAUCUUCUUAAACUCCAGUUCAGUUUGGAGGACAACUUACUCCUCAUGAAACAGUUAAACUGUUUUCCAACUGAAAAUGAAAAGAAGGAUGUAAUUGUUAAUGCUGGGCGCCUCCAAAUUGCUCUGAUCAGUUCUGUAAAUCAGCUGGGAUUUCAAUGGAUGAGUCAUUGUUCCCUUUUCACAAGUUUAGAAACAGGGGAGCAAACAAGAUUAACAUCUGAUGUUCCUUCACUGCACGACCAAACUCUUUCCUGUCUUGAAAUAAAAAUUGAUGUGGAUGAGAUGGAUAAUCUUACAGAAGCCGGAGAGGAUAAAAUGUUUCAAUUUGAUUCAAAAAUGAUCUCAAAAGAGACAAACUUUCCUGCUAUGAAAGUAGAUCCUUCAAACCUAAGUAAUGUGAAAAAAGAGAAAAUAGAUACAGAAGGUCCUCAACAAUGUGACAAAUGUGACCAUGUUUCACCAACUAUAGAAGCCAUGAAAAAACAUAAGUGGAGAAAACAUCACAAAAAUGGCGGAGCACGAUGUGACCAAUGUGAUCAUGUAGGGAGGAAUAAAUCACUUUUAAAGGUUCACAUUAAAAAUUGUCAUUCCGGAAUUCAGUUUAUGUGUGAUCAGUGUGAUUAUGUUGGUAAGUCUAAGCCACUUUUGAUGUCACAUAUUACAGGAAUGCAUGACACCAAAACAUUCAUGUGUGAUAAGUGUGAAUAUGUAACUCAUCGAUCAGAGCAAUUGCGGAAGCACAUAAACUUUAAACACAAUGGAAUAAAGUUCCCUUGUGACAAGUGCAACUAUGUUGGCAAGAGUUUUUUUCACAUCAAACUUCACACAACCACUCAGCACGAACCACCUUCACUAUUUUGCAGUCAGUGUGAUUAUGCUGCAACAAUUCCUAGGUAUUUAAAAGCUCACAUAGAAAGCGCUCAUGAGAAAAUCAGAUAUCCUUGUGAUUUAUGUGAACAUGCAUCAACCUCUAAAAGUAAUCUACUACAACACAAGACACGUGUUCACACACCAAAAUCCAAAGAUACAGCUGAGUAAAACCCUCUCUACAGAAAACUGAAACCAGGAAGAUAUAAAAAAAAAAUCAGACAAAAGCCCGUUGAUUAAUAAGACAAAAAAGUCGUAAUAAGAAAGCUCAUUAGCUAUAGAGGGUCAAACGGCUGAACCAAAUUGGCUGACAUUUUUCGAGGAAACCGAUGGGUACUUUAUUUCACCUAUAAAGCCAAAAAAAAAUUUGAAAUUCCACGGGGAACGCCGGGCUCUUCAGCUAGUAGUAAAUAAAGCACUUUUAAAAAAUAUCAAUCAAGUUUUCUUGAGAAGGUUGUUCUGGAAUGCGGAGACCUGGGAAACAAUAUCAAUUUUCGACGAAUAGGCUUUAAAGACAAACCCUGGCAGACGAAAGUGGAUCAAUGACCUUUUAGUUUAAAGAAAUUAUUACAGCCUGCAAAGUGGUAAAGGAUGCAGAUUGCAGGUGUUCCAUCAGUUUCGGAUAGUAUCAAAAGUUGUGAAAACUCCUGAAAUCUAUCCACAUCAUAAUGACAAGGUUUAAAAUCAAAUGACGAAUAACAAGUUUCAAAGGUGAAUUUGAAUUUGACGAAAAAAUUUAUCUAGUAACAGUCUUCUUCUGCAGUAGACGAAGUUAGCAAGAUAGUUUCAGUGAUAAUACAGAUAAAGCUUUAAAUGUUGAAAACGUGUCAGCAGUAAUGUUAUUAGAUAUUGUGAGUUUC